AUGGGUCAAGGAGUGGUGAUUGAAAAAGACAAUGCCAAUGGCAGCAAUGUGAUUGUCAACAAGAAUCCCGCCACGGAUGAAGUGAUUUCCAAGGUGCCUUGUUCAUCCACGGCCGAAUUGGAUGCUCUACUCGAAACGGCCCAGACGGCACAACCCGCGUGGGCAUUGUUGGACGUGGCCAAACGCAUUCAACUCUUGAAGGACGGAAUGGCCGAAUUGGCGAAACUCCACAAGGAAGAAUUGCCUCCCUUGAUGACACGAGAAAUGGGCAAGCCCUUGUCGGAAGCCCAGGAAGAAGUCGACGAGGCACUCGAAAAGGACGAAUUUCUGCAACUGCUUCAAGACUCGUUACAGCCCAAACAACACAACAGUUGUCUGGUCGUACGACAAGCCGUAGGAGUGGUCGUUGUUCUGUCGCCAUGGAAUUUUCCCGUCGAUGAAAUUCUGUAUCUAUUGUUGCCGGCAUUGGGAUCGGGAAAUACAGCCAUUGUCAAACCCUCCGAAGUUACCCCCGAGACGGGUGCCAAGGUGGUCUCCGCCCUGGCAUCCGUCUUGCCACCGGGAGUGGUCCAAUUGGCCCAAGGCGAUGGUGCCGUGGGAGCUUACCUCGUGUCGCAUCCCACCGUCGAUAUGGUCUGCAUGACGGGAUCCUCCGCCACGGGAAAGAACAUUCUCGGCAGUGCCGCCCCGUCGAUGAAACGAUUUGUCCUCGAAUUGGGAGGCAAAGAUCCCAUGGUCGUACUCGAAGAUGCCGAUCUGAACAAGGCUGCUAAGGAUGCCGCCACCUACUCGCUGUCCAAUACGGGACAAGUCUGUUGUUCCGUGGAACGCAUUUAUGUGGCACAGUCGGUCUACGACCCAUUUUGUGACUUGGUCACCAAGUAUACCCGUGACAAUUUCAAAGUCGGCAAUGGCAUGGACGAAGGAGUCAAUGUCGGACCAUUGGUAUCCACGAUGCAACGAGAUAUUGUGGCGAAACAAGUCGAUGAUGCCGUCCAAAAGGGUGCCAAGGUACUCUACAAGAGUCCCAUUCCAGAAGAAAAGCCCGGAUCGUUUUAUCCCGUCACUGUCGUGGCCGAUAUUACCAAGGGCAUGGACAUUUACACGCAAGAAACCUUUGGACCCGUCGUGGCACUCAUGCCCUUUGAUGGUACCGAGACGGAAGCCAUUCGACUGGCCAAUGAUACCGAAUACGGAUUGUCGGGAGCCGUAUACUCCCAAGAUGUACCCAAAGCCCAACGAAUUGCGGCACAAAUACAAGCCGGACAAGUUGGCAUCAAUUGUUACGCACUGGAAUGCAUGGAUGUCGCAUGUCCCUGGGUGGGAUUCAAAAGCAGUGGAUACAAUUAUCAUUCCGGUGUCGAAGGAUUUCACAACUUUUCACUCCCCAAGUCACUCGUUUUUGUACCGCCACCCGAAGAAGAGGACUGA